AUGGGCCUGCAGGCCCUCAGAGCGGAGGAGGAGAGCACAAGCGAGUGCCGGCUCGGAGUCAGCUCGGGCUGCGCGGCUCCUGCGCUCAGCAGCGCGGGUCCGAGGGCCUCGGCCGAAGUCCGAUCGUGGGACGCCAACGGGCGCCAGGACCUCUUCGAGGAGCUGUUCAAGCCCAUGGAGGUGGAGCCGGAGCAUGUCACAGCCCUUACAUGCUACACGCAGCUCAAAGAGGACUACAAAGACCAGGUGUCGGACCAGGUGAAGUGGCUGCGCAGCUCCAUGGAGGACAGGAACGAGUCCAGGUCGAAGAAAACGGCGGCCUUCGAGAAGGCGGUCGCGGCGGCCGAGAAGGAGAGCGAGCACGAGGCCUUCGACCAGAUCAAGCAGUUCCGGGCGGUCAUGAAAAGG